UCUUUAUAUAGGGUUUAAGCUUCCAACUUCUGCAAACAAACAACAAUGUCAGUUUACUUUCCUGAGGAAGUGAUCCUUCAAAUCUUGUACAAACUCCCUGUCAAAAAAUUAGGUCAAUGCGCAACUGUAUGCAAAUCAUGGAAAUUUCUCAUCAAAAACCCAUCCUUCAUCAUCACCCACUCAAACAAUCAAACCCACGAACCACUUUUUCUUUUCAGACUCGUCUCCAAUGGCAAAGAACGCUACUCUCUCCAUUUCGACGAUCAAUCUUCACAAACCCACAUGGCCUUCAACUCUCCUGCCUUGAAAUGCGAUGCCCAAAAUCGUUAUUUCCGAGUCUUAGGUUCUUGUAAGGGUCUCAUCUGUCUGGCUGAUGAUUUAACCGUUUUUACUAACACUUACGUUUUCUGGAACCCUUUGAUUCGGAGGUUUAAGAGGCUUCCUGUCCCGAAUUUUACUUACGGGGAUUUUGAUGCUUUUAUUGGGUUUGGUUUUGAUUCUGUUGGUAGUGAUUUUAAGUUGUUGAGGUUUGUUAUGUUUGCUGCACUCGAAGGUCCUGGAGAACCGCAGCCUCGGGUUGAGGUUUUUUCGCUUAAGUCUGGGGUUUGGAAAGAUAUUACUCAGAUUGCUCCUAAAUAUGAGAUUUAUACGAAGGGUUCUCAGGCUUUUGUCAAUGGGUUUAUCCAUUUUAUGGGGUAUAGAGGUGAUGAGAAUGUGAUUUUGAGGUUUCAUGUGGGAGAUGAGGUUUUUCGGCGGAUUAAGUUGCCUGGUAGUUUAGUUUAUGGAUUGGGAGCUCAUGUGUAUGUUUCGGGUUAUAAACAGUCUUCUAUUGCUGUUUUUUAUAAGAAUUUUUUUGGACCUGUUGAAUGGCAAGUUUGGGUUAUGAAAGAGUAUGGUGUGGUUGAAUCUUGGACCAAAAUUUUGACUAUUGAUGAGAGCAUGGGAUUGCCUGGUCCGAUGGGGUUUCGGAGGAAUGGAGAUCUAAUGAUUGAAUGUUAUCAUGGAGAUAUAAGGUCGCUUGAACCUGAAAGCCGAAAGACUAAGCGUCUCAGAAUUUGUGGGGAAAAUACAGGAUAUUACUCUUUUGUCGACAGUUAUGCGGAGAGUUUAGUGUUAUUUGACAGAGGAAAGAAGUAAAAAGCUUUGGAAUUUAUCUCGACUUUUUGGCAAAGGCGCUAGAAGUAAGGUCCAGCCGGUUCAUAUGGUUGGUUGAGCCGACGAAGGGAUUGUUUUGGCUCUUCGUAGCUGCAGCAAAUUCGGCAUAUAAGAAUAUGUAUAGUAGAAUAGGCUUCUGCUAUUAUGAUUUUAUAGUUAGGCUUGGUGACCUUAAUCUUUAAUGUUCUACACAUAUUUCCUUCGCACUUAAAAUAUAUAGGCACUAUUGAACUAUAGCUCAAAUGUAUGCACGUUGGGCUGCAUUUUGGAUCUACCUUUCCUGAUGAUAAAAAGGAAAAAUAUUGGCAAUGUUAUGAUCAAGUGUUUGGGAGUU